CCGCUUCCCGCCAAUCAUCAUUCAAAGAAAGCACGAGGCAGCCGAGAGAGAAGAAAACGAUGCAAACAACGACAUUAGUGACAUUCGAGAGUUUGGACAAGUUCACAACAGGUCAGGUUUUAUGGCAAGCCCAUCCAUUUUGAGAAGAAGAGUUAUUCAGUUCACGGAUGUUUUAUUGAUGUCGAGCCACCCAAAUAAGCCUGAAGAUACUUCAAAUAGGCAAAAGAAGAUUCAUCGCUCUGGAAUAACAGACCUGGAUCUCAGGACCUGUGGUGAGGCCAUCUCUUCUAUCCUGUCGUCCACCUGGCUCUGGUAUUUAGCAGGUUGGUUUGGAGUCCGAGCCCUGCCUAGGUUUGGAUCUGGCUGUGAAAAGUCACAUCCCCCCUCCAGCUCCUGUCAUAGUCAAAGCUGGAGUGUCUGCUCGUUUCCCUGCGGCCUGAAGGAUGACUCAACUCCACUCGACUGCUGGGAGCACCCUGCAGAGGCGAAGAUCGAUCUGGUCGGGAGCCAUACAUCACGUCUCCCUCUGUGUUUGCCCAGGCCGGCCAGCCCCCUGGAAUGGCCACAGAGGGGAACACAAGCUGACUGUGACAACAAAGACCGAAGUUGCAGGACUCACAUGAGCCUACUAGAAGUAUCACCAAAGCCAGAGCUGUCAGCAUACAAAGAACAUGGGGUCAUUUAUAUCCUCACAACUGUCAGUUCGACUUCCCCACCCUAUCGCUACUCUUCCUGUAGCCAGUCCUCGCCACACGCAGACCAUGAAUUAAUGCACUUAUCCCAUUUAUUUUUAGCUUUUGCCAUGCACAAUAGCUGA